GCCUACAAGGCUGCCGCUCCGGCUUAUAAGCCUAUCAACAAGCCUACCUACAGCCAACCCGCACCGGCACACAAGCCUCCCCAUUACAAGGAGGAGGCCAAGCCGUUCGCCUACGACUACGCUGUCAGCGACCACUAUACCGGCACCAACUUCGUCAAGAAGGAAGAAAUCACCUACGAGGGAGAGGCUCAGUACCCCGAGUAUCACCCCGCUCCUGCCUACAAGACUGCUGCUACGGCGUACAAGACUGCUGCCAAUGUUUACAAGCCCGCGGGCUACAACGCUGAUGUCACCUACGAGGGAGAGGCCCAGUUCCCCGAGUACUACCCCGCCCCUGCCUAUAAGGUUGCUGGGACGGCCUACAAGUCCGUCCACAAGUCUGCUUACAGCAAUGCCGCCCCGGCAUAUAAGCCUGCGACAUAUUAG